CAUUCUUAACAAUCGAUCAUCUUAUAUUUACAUUUUAAAUACUAUUUCAUGCCUGCGCAUUCUCAGCAUCAGAAUUCCUCUCCGCGCGUUUUUUCUUGAAGUCAAUCAUUACUAUCCGUUUAUUAUCAUCGCCAGCCAAUCCACUAAAGCUCGACCCUUGCCUCUUCCCAUAAGUCAACAUGGUUUCCAAGGACGUCAUGCUGUCUUUGGCUCUCGCCUUGGGGCUUACAAGUCUGAGUGAUGGAGCGCCCGUUGAUGCAAACAGUGCUAUGAGCACCGGAAGAUCGUCUUAUGGAAAGAGAGUCGAAGAUCAAGCCACGACUAUGAUGUACGACUUCGAAGACAUUGAGGCCUCGCGGGAGCUCGAGUGGACACCAUGCUUUGAAUCAUUCCGAUGUGCAAAGCUGACGGUACCGCUACAAUAUGACGAUCCUGCGCAAGGCGACAUGGAUAUCGCGUAUAUUAGAUACGACUCGGUGAAUGGCACUGGUCAAGAUAUCAUGUACAAUCCAGGUGGCCCAGGCUCAUCGGGUGUGUCUGGUUUGAUCGGGUCCUUGAAAGAUUUCAUCAAGACUUUUGGCAGUGAAUACAACUUCGUCAGCUUCGAUCCCCGGGGUGUUAACAACAGUGGUACGAUUCUAUCUUGUGAGAGUGGAUAUCCGCAGUUUAGCUCGCCGGCGCCGAUAAAUGUACUAUGGGCACAAACGAAAGUGAGUGGAGAGAACUGCACGAGGAACAACGUCAAUACCACUGCCAGAUUCGAUGGAACCGUUGCAAACGUGCAAGAUAUGAUUCACUUCACGGAGCUCCAAGCAAAGGCAAAUGGGAGAGAUCCAGCCAAGGAAAAGAUCUGGUACUAUGGCGUUUCUUACGGUACGCUCAUGGGGCAGACGCUCGCAGCACUCUAUCCAGAUCGCCUGGGCCGCAUCAUUCUAGAUUCGAAUGUGGAUGGUGUCUUCCAAUACGAAGGUUAUGACCCAACCCAGUUCGAGGGGCUGGAAAUCGAGAUCAAAAACUAUUUCUUCAAAUGGUGUUCUGAGGCUGGUGCAGACUUCUGCCCCUUGGCUGCCAACACGACAGAUGCUUCUGGUGUCCAGCAACGCUAUGAUACUGUGCUUAAGAAGCUAGAUGAGGAACCGUACAUCCUGCCCGACAGUAAUCGCAUCAUCACGCGCGAAAGCAUGGAAGACUCGAACUUCAAUUCUUGGUAUUCACCGCCGUCGGGUUUUUACGGCAUUGCAAAGCGAAUUGCAGAAGCUUACUCCGAUACCCUGACCGAAGCAGAUUUCCCCACGGAAGACGGGGAGUCGUUGGGCGACGCAACGCAGAUGGUCAAUUGCAUUGAUGCAGCUGGUCGCUUUCCCUUCAAGUCAGCGAAAGAAUACGAGCAAGCCGUAAAUGCUGUACGCAACUCGUCGAGCGAGUACUGGUGGAAAUCAUUUGCGUCAACUGACGCAUUGUCUUGCAACGGCUUCAACAUCCUACCACCGAAGUCGCAGCUCUUCCCGGGAUUCAAGGAGACAAAGACGAGCAUUCCCAUUCUGUUUAUCAACGAUUUGGGCGACCCAGUUACACCUUUGGUGUCGGCCUUUAGAAUGUCUGCAUUCUUUCCAGGAUCUAGGGUCCUUACUGUGGACGCACCCGGUCAUAGUUUCUUGGCCACUGGAAGUCAGUGCGUUGAUCAGCAUGCCAGGGCUUAUCUGAAAGAUGGGACCAUGCCUCCAGAGGAUGCCAUCUGCAAUAUUGAUGUGACGCCCACCGAAGUUUUCGCGCGUGGGAAGGAUGCCUUCGAGACGAUAUCAUCCCCGCCGGAUGAGAGUUGA